CAGCAUUCCCGCUAUCAGUAAUCAUUUGUCCAACGAGUGGCCGAGCAUUCAGGGAGAAAAAAAACAUCCGCUACAGGCAAGAUUAGACAGUUAAUUGCGAUUGUAUAUCAAUUGUGUUGUCGAAUUCGUACGUAUAAAACAUCCCGAUUUGCUCGAUACCGCCAUCAUGGGUGCGGUACGACACUACUGUGCCGUUUUCAUGUGCCAGCCAGCGCUUCUGGGCCAAUUACCAUCCACACCAAGCACCACUAACCAACAGGCUAGAUCAAGUUUAUGUCACUUAAAAACCACACCAUCUAACUUCUGCGCAAAGUCUCCAUGAGCUCGCAAUACAAUGAUUCCUCCACAACGCUAGAGCAGGCGUACAACCGCUCCCACUCGCCGAGUGCCAAAACAGAUCUCCUCGAUGGUGCUGAAGCCAAGCCAGCGUCCAAGGUCGACAGUUCGGGGCCGGUGCCAUUCCACAACCCACCCAACCAAAUGUCGAACUUGACGAAGACGCUCCUCUCCUCGUCACAGACGUCGUCCAUGUCAUCCAAUCUGGUCCACCAAGUGCACCCCAGUCUGUUGGACCAGGGCGCCCCUGCAAAUCCACCCAGUUACGGCUCGAUGUCUUCCAGCUUUAACAACAGCAGAAGCAACCAGCCACCGCAAAUGUCCAUCCCGUACCAACAGAAUUCAUAUCAAAGCGGUAGCUUCCACCAGUACAACACACCCAUCAAUGACUCAAUAAACUAUAUCCCUUCAAGUCACAACACCCCCACAAUGGUGAGCAGCUCAUACUCUUCCAAUCACUCGGUGACACCGUCCGUGCACACUUCAAGUUUCGUACCUCCGGCAAACAAUUUUCAGCACUUGCACCCCAAUUCUUCUAGUUACAAAGCUCCUGGAAUUGUGCCGCAUGCCAUUCCUACUACUAAUAUUUCAAUGGAUUCGGCUAGUUCUCGCGAUCACUCGUUAUCCUUCCAACCAAGCAGCAGUUUUGGGGAUCAUGCUUCUCCUGGAGUCUACAUUCCUCAGCUGCAACCUCCUUCCCACCUCAAUCUGCAUAGAUAUCCAAACUCUUUACCAGUUAAUGGUGGUAACGGUUCUAGUAUUCAAAAUCAGAACUCGUUUUUCAAUAAUAGAGGAGUCCAUGGCCUGUUCUCAAAAAGCACUAAUUCUAAUCUUACUCCGGUGGGGAGUCAUCAGAAUCAAACUUCCACAUCCACGUUUCAACCUGGUUCUCAAACUCAAUUGCCCCAAAAUCUGUCAUCUAUGGAACCAGACCACUACAUGUCUUACAAAGAAUUCUUGCAUAACUUGUCCACAAAGGAUGGUGCUGGUUCACCUUCUAAUAUAUCUUCAACCGGGAACAACAUCAAUGAUGCGCAAGGAUCUAUGCAUGAGGAGCAUUUGAAUAUCGUUGAUUAUCCUGUGAAUGAUUUGAUCGUGAUGCUAUCAUGCUUGCUAACCAAAAUUAUUGAGGCUAAUGAUAAGUUGCAUCCAAAUCAUUUCGAUAAUACCAUUGCUAUAAGACAGCGUAUGAAGGAAGAAAAGAGGGUAAAGAAAUUGGAAAGAACCAAACUUCGGGAAGAAAAAAGAGCAAUGAGAGUGAAGUCGCAAAAAGAUGAAGAUGGCGACGAUAAAAUAGAUGUUGACAUCGACGAGUCUCAGACAUAUCACAAUAAUACCAUUGAAAUAGAUGAAGUGCCAGAUGAGUCUGAAGAUGAUGAGGAGCUUGAUAAGGAAGACGAAGAUGAUGAGAUGAAGAAUAAAUAUUUGGCUAACGUGUUAGCAUUCCAUGGAACCAACGUUCCAGGAAUCUCGUUGCAUGCCUAUUUGGCCAGAGUUUUAAAAUAUUGUCCUGUUACGAACGAGGUUUUUCUUUCGCUACUUGUGUACUUUGAUAGAAUUGCCAAAAAGGCGAACAACUUGAAGCUGAAAAAGAAGGAGUCCGAAAAAAAUGGAGAGGAAAGUUCGAAUGAAAGUGAACAAUUGUUCGUGAUGGACUCUUACAAUAUUCAUCGUUUGAUUAUUUCUGGGAUUACUGUUUCUUCCAAGUUCUUUUCCGACAUCUUUUACAAGAACUUGAGGUAUGCCAAAGUAGGAGGGCUACCAUUAGAGGAAUUAAAUUACCUUGAGCUUCAAUUCUUGUUAUUGUUGGACUUCAAGCUCAUGAUCAGCGUGGAGGAUUUACAAAACUAUGGUGAUUUAUUGUUAAGAUUCUGGAAGAGAGAACAGCUCACCAAUGAAUUAGUCCACCCAGAUGCACCCAAGACAAGUUAGUUGGUUGGGCUACCUCUCGUUUGGUUCACUUUGUAGCAGUUACUCCCAAGCUCUAUGUUUAGACAGUCAGGACUCCAGAACCAUAAAUAAAUAUUUCACGUCAAUGAUAGUAAUCUAAGCUACAGGAAUCAGGAAGUAGCUCCAAAUUGUAGUAUUAUAUUGAAAAAUGGCCUUGCCGGUGAUACUGUGGCUACAGUUAGUUUGUUCCUUUGAG